UCUCCUUAAUCUUUAACUAAAUAUAUGAAUUGUAAGGUGAAUAGCAAGAGUCAUAUGUGACACAAUGUUUAAAUAAUACAUUGAUUGAGAAUAGCCUAGCAUGCUGUCCCUGCUACAACUUGUUGUUUUAAUUGUUUUACUUAUUUCCAUCCCUUAAAUUAUUCAGUGUCACUGUGUGUGGUUUUUUUUUGCUUGUUUUUCAAAUUUCCACCCCUUACCUCACAAAUGAUACAAACUGUGAAAAAGUACCCUUCAGGCAAUAUAAUGCUCCUUUCUGUGGUGCAGUUGGGAAUUUUGUAGAUAGUGUCAACUAAUGAAUGAACUAUGAAUUUGACAUCCCACUAAAUCAUUUUUGCAGUCACUUGAAUUAACAGUACAUGAAUGAAAACAUGUCGGUCAACAAAACCAACAUGUAAAUAUGAAAAACAUAAAAAUUUUAGGCAUAGGAUUUCACAUAUAUUUUAUUGCUUUUUCGGUUCAUACUCAUUUAUGUGUACUUUUUGUAACUUUUCAGGGCAGCAGAAAUUUCAUAACAGGUAAUGAAGCCCUUAAACAUGUACUGGAUAACAUCCCUGAGCUUCAGAGACCUGAGUUGCUGAAGUUUCCAACAAUGAGGAAAUACCUGGCCACUGUUGUGCAGGUGUUUGGAAUGAAAGAAAAUGAUGUCCAAGAGGUGGCAAGACAUAUGGGGCAUGGACUGGCGGUACAUCGCAAGUUCUAUCGUCUGCAGGAUGAUGUCAUCGAACUUGCGAAAAUGUCAAAGUUGCUGCUAGCAGUUGAAAAUGGACAGGCUCAUCAUUUCAAAGGAAUGUCUUUAGACGACUUGGACUUGAAAGAUUUUCCUGACGAGGAAACUGAUCCAGUAGAUCUUCUAUCAUUUACAACAGAGGAGAACACAAUUCCAGAAACAUUAGGUAAAAAUAUUAAUUUAAUCAUUAUGUAAUUUUAAGCUCACUUGUUUUCUGAUGUGCCUGAUGGUGAACGUAUUUAAUACAUGUAUCGAGGGCUGGAUGCAAAAUGCCCCUCAGGUCACCAGUUUUAC